AUAUAUAUAUAUAUAUAUAUAUAUAUAUAUAUAUAUAUAUAUAUAUAAGAAGUUUCAGGGUUCCUGCAAUCAUGGAAGCAGAACAUUGUGAAUUUCAGGCCAGUACCAGUCAUGGGGGGAAAUAAAUACAAUCCUGAAGUCACAAAAGUUUAUUUUCUUUUUGGUUCUAGACUAUUCUGCUUUCCAAUAUGUUACCAGCUUGAUUUUUUGUGAGUACACAACGAUCAAAAGGUGUGGAAACCCUUAAGUCUAAACUUUAAAAAAAAUGUUUGAUUGAUCCUUUAUUACGGAAACAAUAGUUACCAGAUUUUAAUAUGGUGGUUUCACCAAACGUGUUGAUGGGUUGCUGUUUAAAUAUCAGGAAUCAAUCAAAUGUAAUCGUUAAUAUUAAUGAUGAUGAUCAAACGAAAUGGUCUACUUACACAUUAAGCUACAACGGGGAAUGUAAAUUGAUCACAAAUGGUGUUUGUUCCUGUUUUAAAUGAGUUACGAAAAGUUUACAUUUACCUUCAGUGGUUUCAGAUAAAGUGAGACAAUUUAUUUAUUAGAACUGUUAUGGGCUAACGGUUACAUGAACCAAUUUUGAAAGGUUUGCUCCCAAACACACUUUUCGCUUUUUUUUUUUUUUUGGAUACUGUAUUCACUACUGCACACAAAACCGUUAACUUUUUGUCAAUUUUAGCAGUUUUAUAUGAUUCACAUUUAAAGUAAACUGUUGUAAACUCGCGCGGUCGUGUUACCUCACCUUAUACCCACCCACCUGUGCUUACGUUUGUUUCUACCCGUGUCACUGCUCGGGGUUACUUUACUGUGACCGGGAUGCUGACAGUCAACACGACAUGUUAAUAUUUCAGCACUUUCGGCUGUGUCUCCACUCCCAAAUCCGUUCCGUGUGUUUCGCACCUAUUUUCUGCUGUUGUUUAAUUAGGCGAUUGAUGCAGGAUUGAGUUGCAGUGACACGGCAGCCGUGAUAGAACAGAGACGAAGUCCAGGAAUCACAGAGUGGCUACAUUACAGAACAAGUAUUGCACAGUCUCUUGUGUUAGGUUUUUGACGAUAUAGUAAUUAAUGGAAAUUAAGUCUCACCCGGCAGGGGCCAUGCUUUUGUUCAAUUAAAAACCAGCCGCAGGGACAUCUGGAUAUUUCUCAGUAAAAAUGCACCACGGAGGAAGUUUAAUGUUGCUCAUACUUAGCAUCAUUUUAGGGAUUGCAUGUGGUGACUCCAGAAAACCCUCAAUACCCAAAACCGUCAUCAGACAGAGCGAGAUGAGCUCCAGGAGUGAGGAUGAAUUUGAGAGGAACAUGAAAGUGCUGAUAGAGAACAUCAGAUCCAUGUCAAGAGAAGAAAAGAGCACGAGCACAAUGACAGCACCCCGUGAAAGAAUCGCAAUUGACAGCACUAAUCUAGACACUUACUUCACAAUAUUCAACAGUUUAUUCACUAUAUACCAGCCAAUGCUGAUUAACAGUUUCAUUGAAACUCUCCCUCAGGCUUUAGUUUGUGUUCUGGCAGACAGACAGCACUGUGGAUGGCAAGCAGAUUUAACCAGUACUGUUUCAUCUGCAUUAAAUGAACAGAUACUUUCGGUGGUCUCCUCUGUUAAAGCUCAAGCCUGCAUGUCAACAUCUAAUUUACGAAUGGCAGACUCCACCAUGGCUCAGUUAAACUCUUUUCAGGAGAUGUUGACAAAUGUUUUGUCCUCAGACCUCCCACUUUAUCUGCUCUCAGACAACCUUUUAGCCUUAUGGAAUAGAUUUAUGGACAUGACCAUUCCACCUGUAAUGUCAUUCAUGUCUGAAUUCAUAUUGAGUGCGCUUCAAACUCCAAUGGAUUUUCUAAAACUCGGAUUACAGUUUGGCAUUGCAAUCCCUACCCUUGACCAGAGAGAGAAGUGUCAACAAGGUGACCUCAAACAGCUUAUCAUGUGGGGCAUGAAUCAUAAUGUGAGCUGGUCUUUUGGACAGUCACUUCUGGAUAUGUUUUUGGCUCCUGAAUCUCCUCCUUGCAGUUUCCCAAGUCCUGAAUGCCAAGCCACAAGUAGCAUCCAGUUCGGUCGUACCGGCACACCCUUAGUGGACAUCCCCACAACCAGUCUCUCCUGUGAACAACAAAACUUAACCCAACUCAACAAAACCCUUUGUGCAGCAAUUUUAGAAGCAAAAUCUCAGGAAUCGUACAUCCUUUACCAGAUGUGUCAAGCGCUCAGCACGCUCUCUCAAACCGAAGUGACAAAGGUCUGGAUGAACACGUGUCACAUGAUCCAGAACGUCAUCUUACCUCUCAUGGAGCCCUGCAGUGAUCCUGCCACUGCAAAAUCAAGUCGUAUUGCGAGGUCCACCCUUAGCCUCAGCAAACUCCUCUGCGACUACCGGAAUUGGACUGUCGGUGCUGCUGUGGACCCGGCUCUGGUCACAAUGUGCAGUGAAAAUGAUCGUGCAGCGUUCAUCCUUGCUGUGUGUAACAAUGUUGAAGUUAUGCUAGAGCUGGUCAAAAAUCCCAGUAAUGACUGGGUCUGGGAAUUCUGCUCAAACACGUCAGACACAUACAUUGUGGACCUGUAUUGUUCAUAUAACAUGUGGACUGCUGAAACCAUUGACCCAUCAAUAGUGACAUUCUGCUGGGAUAAUGACAAGGACAGAUUUGAGGGUCUAAUGUGUGACAGUAUGGACUUCUUUAUGGUUGUGUUCUCCAGUGAAACGAACAACUGGCUGAAGCCCAAUUGCUCCGAACCUCCUCCACAAAUCGACAUAAACGCCCUUGUGGCUCAGUCUUGCAAAUACUCAGAAUGGAAGAACGUAAGAGCAGUCACCACUGAUCAGUUAUCUCUAUGUAUCCAAAAUGAUGAGACUCGAUUCAUUAAUGAGGUGUGUGUUAACCACACGUUUGUCUCUGCGCUUGUGCUUAACAGUGUGAAUGCUUGGGUAGAGCAAUAUUGCACUUACUCUAUCCGCAAUCCCCCUACGAGCCCACCACCGCUGAACACUGAAGUCUGGUGUAACUAUAACACAUGGACUAACACGUCUGUGGAUCCGACUGUGGUCGCUCUGUGCUGGCAGUACGACCAGAUAGGCUUCCGUCAGAACGUCUGCUGCAACUUGCCCUUGUAUGAGAAGUUGUCUCUUCAUCUCGACAACCAAUGGCUGAUUAGAGAGUGCUCUAAUAAUAACACCACGGACUUGUUGGCACAGGUUUGUGUCUAUUCGGAUUGGAGCCAGCCUAUUAUUGUAGACAUGAGUGACCUUGCUCUCUGCGCCGAUCUUGAUGCUGAAAACUUCACUCGGAAUGUAUGUGCCAACGUUACAGUUCUCCGGAAUUUGCUGGCUAAUUUAGACAACACCUGGUUAUUGGAGCAAUGCUCAAACCUGACUGCGUCUGGCCCAGGUGGUGGAGCUGGGAAUGGAGGGAGCCUGAUGGGUUUCCGCCCGGCUGAGCAGUGUCAGUACUCCAGUUGGGCUUUGACGCUCCCGGAUCCUGCUCUCCUCGCUCUCUGCUGGGACUAUGAUCAGGCCAACUUUAUCUCCUUUAUCUGUGAUGACUCUUUCAUGCUCAGCCACAUCACUCAGGAGGCCUCCAGCCUCUGGGUUGGCACUCUCUGUGCCACCUACACAGCUCCCCCUAAUGAAAGUGUAAAUGUUAGCAACACCACAACUCUCCAGCCAUGUCUAACUAGGGAGUUAGCUAAGAGGCUAAACUGGACCUGCAGCGGAGACUUCAGCACUGUCUGCCAACCAGGCGGCAGUCAAAUCCAGGGCCUUCGGAUGCUGUUGCGAUGUGGGAUAAAGAUUCUCCAACCUCGCUUGGAGAAUCUCAUGACUACACAGGUGACAUCAGUGGUCCAUCAGGCCACCAGCCUGGGGGUUGUCCUGUUGUUGGCACUAGAAGAAAGCCAGAUAACCUCUCUGGGGGUGACGGAGAAUAUUCGGCUUAGUGUGCUGGAGUCAAUUAUCGUCUACCUGGACAAUGAGAACAACUUUGACAACAAGCGUGUGCUUUUGCAGUGCUUUGGGAAAGUUCUGAUCAGUCUGAUGCCAAUAGGAAGAGAUGGGCCCACUAACUUUUUUCUGAUCAAGGAGUAUUUUCGAAUUCCUCUAUCUCAUCUGAGAUCAGUGCUUAGUGCAGCAGACAUCAUGAUUGUAAGGGAGAUUCUGCAGUACUAUAAUAGGAACUAUGCAACUCUGCAGCUAACAGAUGAUUACCUGCACACCAUGGUGUCCGUGCUUUUCCAAAUACACCUGCCUAAGGAUAUUAGCCUGUUCCCUGAAAUGGGCCUUUUGUUGGCUCUGGCUACACCUUCAGACAUCAUGUCAAUGCCUCCGCUACAAAACAAUAUCCACGCGUUAAGCAUCAUUAACUUCAGCAUCAAAAACCUUUCCCUGGAGCAGCGGCAAGCGUUUGGUCGAUGGUUCAGUCAAUCUAUGAGCUUGCUUAAUGUGACAGCUGGCGGCUUAUCCUUUAUCAGAGACACUGGUAACCUGAUCACCUAUCUGCCCUUCCAGAGCUUCCAGAACCUCUCACCUGCUCAGCUGCUGGAUGGUUUGGAUGUCUUAAAGAAUAACACACUGGGUCUCCUCAAGCAGCAGUUCAUUGCUCAGAGUCUCACUGGAGCCUUCAGUAAUCUCACUGUAGACCAGUUCAGGAGGUUAGGUAAUCUGUCCUGUCUGGCUCACCCCAGCGAGCUGAUGGCAUAUGCAGGAACAGAAGCCUUUUCAGUGAUCCAGGACAACAUUAGAACAUGUGCAAUCCAGGGAUUUAGUUUUCCUAGCAAUAUGAUAUCCAGUUUGGUCUUGAAUGCAUCUGAGCUGCAGUCUCCCUCCAGUCUCACUCCUCAGAGAGUCUCUCAGCUUGCCUCUUUUCUGCCCCUACUGGGAUCCAGUGUCCUGCAGCAGCUCACCUCAUCCCAGCUCAUGCCUGCCCUUAGCACCCUCGCCUCUGUGCCUUUCACCCCAGCACAGGCUGGUGUUAUCAUCGACAAGAUCUCAGCCAAUCUGAGUUUGGCUCUGCCUGGCUCUGGCCAUUUGUCUAUGCUGGGUUCUCUUGUGAGUGGAGUAAAGGUGGAGACUCUAUGGACUUUACCGUCUGAUGUUCUGCUGGAAGCAUUACCUGGCAUGAGCCUUCAGACACCUGGGCUCACCCCCCCUCAGGUCAACGCCAUCAUCUGCAGACUCUGGGGUCCUAGUUCUGUGUCCCAGUGGAUGGAUAAAGUCAAACCAUUGCUCUCUAGCACUCCACUCCUCAGUGUGAUUCCCCAAGUCCCUCUCCUUCUGGUCAGAGACACUGCUGUAAGCACUCGCCUCUGGAACACACAGCAGGCUAAAGUUCUCUUUAAAGAGGCUGUCCUCUCCCACCCAAGCCUCUCACAACAGGAAUUUGUGUCUCUGGGGACAAUGGCUACGGGAAUGGAUUGCACAGACCUUACAAGAUUGUUCCAAAACCUGGCAUCUCUAUCUCCUAUACGUGACAUUCUGACAUUUCUGAAAGAGCUGCCUGUGCCACUUCACCCUUCACUGAUAAAGUGUAUAAUUGAGGAUCUGUAUCAGUUUGACUUCUUCCCAGAGUUACUUGGAGAUUUGGGCUCUCAGAUUGCUCUGUCACUUCCGCUGAGCACCAUUAAGAAAUUUCCUCCAGAUAAGAUGGAUUCCCUGAGGAAAAUGAUAGUACAGGAUCCACAUUUCUUCCUGCUGCUUCCUAGCAACAAACAAGCUGUCCUGGUGGACAAGGUGGUUCAAAGACUGAAUAUGCACUCUGGCCUGUACACUGAAGAGGAGUUUCGUUCGCUUGGUGUCAUGGCUACAUUUGUGGCAGAUGAAAUGUUUUGGAAUUUGGAUAGGAGCUUCUUUGUUGAUAGUCUGGAGUUCCUACAAGGAUUCUGCUACAAUGUCAGUAAAAGAGCCCUGGUGGCGAGAAUGCUAGUGGAACCGGGGACAUUUGGCCCUGUAACAAAAUGGACAUCAGAGACACUGAACCAAGUGGACCGCUUUUUGUUUUUCCUUCCGAAUGAGAGUAUUAAACUCAUCCCCUUUGGUUUGAUGAACUUAGAGCGCAUUGAGAGGCUGUUCCUGAGUCAGCAGCAGUGGGAGAGUGGAGAGCUUGGUUCUCUGUGUCAGAAACCCUCCGAGCUGUUUGACAAGCAGCAGUUUGUGCUUCAGUUCUUCCUCGGCUUCCUCAGAGCGGGACUCGCCACUUUUCCUGGACUGAUACCCUCUUGUGAGAACCUACAUGUGACACAACCUGCUGCCUGGACUAUUGAUAGCCUUAGAAACAUGCCACCAGCUGUUUUUCGGAGGUGCUUGGAGCUCAUUGGCCAGGAUCCAUUUUUCAGUCCGUACCAGCUAUCAGUGCUCCUUACGAAGACCAAGGAGGUAUAUGGGAUGCCUUCCUCUUUUAACUCUUCUGUGAUCUCUCAGUUGGGUCGCAUUGCCACUCAGCUCUCACUUGACGAAUUGGCCUCUCUUAGACUGUCUGACAUUCAGUCAAUUUCAGCUAUGGGGACUCUCAACACGUGGACCAGCAGACAGUUGAAAACAUUAUUCUCUACGGUGCUGAACUCAACCAGAAAGACUCCUGGCCAGUUAGACUCCAGCACUUUUGUGGCUUUGGGGCACAUUGUGUGUGGGAUUGAUGCAUCAGUCAUGCGCAGCUUGAAUCCAGUGGAAUUCAGUAAGGCAGUUUUGUGGCUGGGCCGUUUGCGUUUGUCCUGUUCUGAGGAGCAGCUGCAGAGAUUGAUAGGACUGCUCAGUCAUAACUUGGCAUUUGGACCGGUCAGCUCCUGGGGAUCAGAGGUCUUUAUUGAGAUUGGAGCGAUUGCAGCGGGGCUGCCUGAUAUAGCCAUGUCUGCUUUGGUGAGGGAACAAAUAGAAGGACUCUCCCCUCUUGCCAUCUCUCUCAUCCCAGCGGGCAAAUUUGCAGUAGUGUUUAACCAGGCACAGAUUAGUAUGUUCACAUAUGAUCAGGCCAUUGCUGUAACUAACCCCCAGCGCAACGCUCUAUCUCUAGUACAGCAGACAGCCCUGUCCAUGGUGCUCAACCCCGCAGAGGACAAACCUAUUGAUAUCAGAGACUUGUCCCUGGGAGUUGCAGUGCACCCCUGUCCUUUUCUCUACCUCUCCACCAGCAUCCUGAUAAUGCUGCUGUUGCUUUCUCCUGCUAACCCUCUGGGAUGAGUUUGGUCUGUCGCUGCUGAAUUGCUGCUAUACUCAGUUGAACUCUUCUUUCCAAACAUGUGCAAUAUGAUAUAACUUUAAGACUUUAAAAAAAAAAAAUAUAUAUAUAUAUAUAAUAUAUAUAUAUAUUUUCAGCACUUUUAAAAUGCUGAAUGUAAUUUAAAAUGGGUUCCAUGAAAUUGGAAAAAAGUAUGAGAAGAGUAACGUCUUUCAGCACUUUAUAAUAGUUGGUCAUUCGUGAUAAUGUGAUUUUGUUUGAUUGUUUUUGAAUAAUUGCUUACUUGGAGAUUAAUUUAUCAUUCUAGAUCUGUAUUUGGUUUGACUUAUGCUUUAUAUUCUACUUUUUGUCUUGUUUUUAUUAAUAUUUAUUUACUUUUUUAACUGCUUUAACAUACUUCAUACAAUGUAAUGCUGGAAAAAUAUCAGAAGGGGUCAUAUUAACUUAACUUGAUUGUGAAGUACUCAUGUAUUUGCUUGGACUACUUAUGUAAAUAUACCUAUUGGUCAUAAUAUAUUAUGCCACCUAA